UAGCACGGCUACAUUUACCACGGAGCCGAAAUAAAACACAGAUGUCACGUUUUACUACAACAUAUCUUCAUAUUUCGGUUAUGGCAUGCUUUUAAUGAAGACCAGCAAGUCACAGCAUCUGGACAUGGCACUGCACAUUAACUUUUUAUAGUCCACUUACCAGUUCUUAAAACCUAGAUAUUUAGUGCAGCACCUUAUUUUCAUUUUAGUCCCUCCAAAUUUGUUAAUAAUCUUGUAGCUUGAUUUUUAUUAUCUGCGUUAGCACUUUUAUGAAGAUAAUAUUCAAUAGACAUUUUUAAAGCUAGCAUCUUCAAUGUAGGAGAUUUAUUCCAGUGUUAUGUAAGUGGCCAGCUCUGUUGCAGUUUUUCUGCACAUUUAUUUGUGGAAUGUCAAAAUGUCUUCAGGAGUUCAGUCGUGUUUUCAGUUGUUGAGAUUCGAGCUGUCGUCUAAUACAAAUAAUCAUAAAGCCAAUGGAAAUGAGUUGUCAGACCGUGACCUGUACACAUUCCGGCCAGCACUGGCCCAAUGUGUGUUCCGGCUGGGACAGGCUGCAGAGCUCUGCGACGUCACUCUGGAGUCAACAACUGUGUCCCGUAUUCAUGCCGAAUUGCAUGUAGAAAGGAAAACAGAAACAUCUGGAGAAGAGAGCUGGAAAGUCCAAGUUAAGGACCGCAGCAGUUAUGGCACAUGGGUAAAUGACAUGCGCCUCCAACAAGGAGUCUUGUGUGAAAUCUUUGAUGGUGACACACUGACUAUUGGUGGCCAAUCAGAUCGGACCAGCCCAGAAUUUUACUUUCUCUUCCAGAAAGUGCGGGUCCGCCCACUGGACUUUGAUGCCAUCACUGUGCCCAAAGCAGGUUCCUUCUCAAUUGACAUUAAGAACCGGAUCAGAACGUGCUCUGACUCUAAGCCAGACCCUGGUCUUGACAUUUCAAAACUGUCCAUCAACAGAGCCACUGUCAUCCUCAACUCCAUUGGCAGCCUGAGCAAGAUGAACGGAAGCUGCUGGACUUUUAAGAAAAAUGAAAAAACAACCAACUUGAAUGCAGACGAUUCUCCAGUGUUCACUGCUUUGGCCCCGCCCACAACUCCACCCCCUUUCCAAGCUGUUGGGGAGAUUUCGUCGAAAUCAGUCCCGUUGUCAUCAAAAAGCAGACGGAAGUCAGCCCACACGUUUCUCCUAGAGGAUGACAGUUCGGAUGAUCCUGGAAGUCGCAGAGAAGUGGAUGAUGGAAGGAGAGGACAGGCGAGGAAAAGACGAAGACUUUACAAGUCUGAGUCAGAGGUGUUUCAGCCACCUUUCCCCAAACUAGAGCAGAAUUGUAGGUCACAGCUUGACAUGACAAAACACAACGGAACUGUUUUCAAUGUGGCACCUAAUAGGAAGUUCAAUCAUUUCAUGAACAUUGGUCACACCAAAGUCAGUGGCAUCAAUUUGACUCCCCUCCACCAGCAGAAGCCAGUCUUCUCAGCUCCUGGUAGGAGACAGCGUGCAAACAGCUCUCCGAUAUAUUCUGGCCUGGGCAUGAGAGGUGAGAAUUACAACCUGACCUCCCCGUCAGCGAGGAUGUCCAAGGCAGAAAAAGCGAGGGGACUGAUUUCUCGGUUUCAGGCCGUGACUGGUCGACGACGUGGGAGACCCAGAAAACACCCACCACCCCGGCCUUCCCUUCCAACUCCCUCUUCCUCCUCCUCCAGCAGUUCAUCCUCCUCAUCCUCAUCAUCCUCUGAAGAUGACGAAGAAGAAGGGGUCGUGCAGGGCAUCGAGCCAUGUGCAGCAGCACACUGUCGUUUCCCACAGCAGGACACCGUACAGUGGAUCCAAUGUGAUGAUUGUGAUGCCUGGUACCACCUGGACUGCCUGCCGCACGACCGCAACCGAGACUUGCUGGUGCACGACCCGAAUGCAGACUUCCACUGUGGCUGCUUCAGAGCCAGAAACCACUGAGUACAUGAAUCAAUCAGGAUUAUCUUGGUCAACUCUCUUGUUUUAGGCUCUAUAAUAAACCAAAUAUGCUCAAAGACAUUGUUAUUAUUACAAUAAUAUUCAUGGAGAUUGGGAGAUCUGUUGCUUCUUGGCAUUCACAAUAUAUCCACACAAUUUAGCUCUGACAAGAAUAAGCAUCAGUUGUUGAUGUUUUCCACAAUGGUCCUAAUUGUAUUGAGUGGGGAUUUUAAAUGAAUUUGGAUCCUAUUGAGUAUGAUGGAUUUGCAUGGCAGCAGAGCAGGAAAGGUUGCAAAAGCAUAUCAACACACU